AUGUACUCUAAAUAACCAGAGAUUAUGAGAGCUUAUUAAAGAGAUGAGGAAUAUAAAUAGAUGUUAAGAUUUUUAAUCAUAGAAGCACUUGAGACAAUGAUACAUUAUAGAACUUUAUCGAAAUUUGAUUCUGAAAUAAGAAUGGGAUCAGACUUACUAUAUUAUCUUCUCACUUCUAUGAGAGGCAAACAAACUUUAGGAGAAGAGUAUUGCUCAAUAAUACCAGUUUUUAAGAAAAGUAUGCAGUUUCCUUCAAAGAUCAGAAGAACUAUCUAUAUUCUAUUAAAAGUACUAGGUCCUUACUUUAUGAAUAGGCUGCUCAAAUCACUUGAACAGAGAUUAAAUGAAGUUAUUUCUAGGUAAAAUGACACAUUUAAGGAAUUAAAUUCUCAGGAUAAGUCAUUUAAAACCAUUCUUAUAAAUAAUCUAAUGAAUCUCUUACCAAGCGCAUAUAAUGCUUUUGUAAUGCAAUUUAAUUAGCUAUAUUUGGCAUUGUUCUUUAUUUGGGGGAAAUACUAUGAUCUUACUAAACAAGUAAUGAGUAUAAGGUUUAAAUAUGUACCAGGCUAAGAGGCAGAACAUUAGAUUAGUUAUAUGAAUCCUGGCAGAUUAAUAAUGCUUCAAUUUGUGAUUUAAGGAAUUUCAUUUUUUAUCAAAAUUGCUAAAACAAUUCAUUAGAGCCAUAAGACUCAUCUUAAACAGCAAUAAAAACUAAAAGCAAAUUAGUGGAACUAGCCCAUUGAUUACAAUCCUUAAGAAGAUGAUUUAUAGAAUAUUGAUGAUAAUCAAAUAAAUGGAAAAAAUGUUGUUGGAGAAGUUGAUUAAGAAAAUGAAGCUGAUUAGUGUAGCUUGUGUUAUGGUACCAGAAUUAAUACAACUGCUACAAUAUGUGGUCAUUUAUUUUGCUGGGAUUGCAUUCAUACUUCUUUAAAGAUCAAAUAGGAGUGUCCACAGUGUAGAGAAUAAUGCCCACCAUAAAAGUUAGUAUUAGUAUAUAAUUUGUGA